GUCACAUUCUGAUCGGAGUGAGGGGCCCUAGGGCAGAUGCGGCAACUCUUAGAAAACAGUUGAUUGAGUUCUGUGAUCAGAAAUAUAUGCUCAAGCUUGAUAAUGAGAGCCUUCCUAUCGAACACAUAACUAAGGGUAUUAUGUUUCUUGAUCACAUCUUGUGUCGUCGUGUCGUUUAUCCCACUCUUCGUUAUACUGCCACUGGUGGCAAAAUAAUAAGCGAAAAAGGUGUGGGGACACUUCUUUCUGUCACGGCUAGCCUGAAGCAGUGCAUCAAACAGUUUAGAAAACUAAGCUUUCUUAAAGGAGACAGAGACCCGGACCCACAACCAUGCUUUAGAAUGUUUCAUGCUACUCAAGCACAUACAAAUGCACAAAUGAAUAAGUUGUUGGCUACCAUGGUUGAGUGGUACAGAUAUGCUGAUAAUAGAAAGAAGGUUGUCAAUUUCUGCGCAUACAUCAUAAGGGGUUCCCUUGCAAAGCUCUAUGCUGCAAAAUACAAACUUCGAUCUCGGGCUAAAGUUUUCAAGAUCGGUUCUAGAGAUCUUCGACGACCUUUAAAAGAGAAAAAGGGACAGUCUCCAGAAUAUCACCAUUUACUUAGGAUGGGUUUGGUGGAGUCAAUUGAUGGGCUGUUGUAUACCCGCAUGUCCCUUGUACCAGAAACUGAUUAUACCCCUUUUCCAGUUGGUUGGAGGCCUGAUCAUGAGAAGGCAUUGAUGGAGUAUAUAAUGCUUGAUGAUUCACGAGCACUAGAGGAACAGAGGCACUGCUUACAAGAGCAAGGCCUCAUUUCACCUCAGGACUACAUUUCAAUGCUUGUUUGGAGCUACAAAAGAAAUGCUUUAGCAUUGGAUUCUCGCCCUUCUAGAGUAAAUGCUAAGAUGGCUUCGGAAGAUUUGCUAUUGGAUGGAAAUGCGAUUCAAACAGAUGAAGGCGAUGAAAAUGAUCAAGUUCAUGCAGCACAAAUGGUCAACUAAACUUGCUCUGCCCCAAGCCAAUUUAGGCACUAUAACGUGCAACCCAUGCACAUGGAAAUUUCCAACUCAAACAUCAGCAAGCUCUCCCCUUUAGGACAGGGCUCAGAAAACAAGGCAUGUUAGGAGGUUGCAUACAUAAGUGAGCUUAUUUCAUGACACCCCUUUAGGGUAAGUUUGGAGUUGGGUUUUUGAGGGGAGGGGGGAUGUGAGGGUCUAUGACCCUCCAUUUUAUGUUUGGAAAUUUUAAAAAAUUGGCAGGAAAGUUUAGUGGGGUUUUUGGUAAUCCUCCUAAGCCCUUCAAAAGUUCAUUUUUUGAGUUUUUCUGAUUUGAUUUUAUUGAGAGAUAACUACGCAAAUGACAAUUCUAGCCCUGUUAAAUUAGUACAGCUUCCCAGUGCCUUCACUAUCUGCUCCAGUCGAUUAAUAUUUCUUGGAGCAAAUAUGGAAUGCUAGCUCUACAUCGUUCUGCAAACUUCAUUUUUGGUUUUCCAGGCCAUACCAGUUAAUGCAAGUGUCCGCGAAUAUCAAGUUUAUUUGGAGACCAUUGGUAUUAUUUGGCCGUUUUCUAUGUUAUUGACUUGAAUGUGUUUGAAAUAUGUAAUAGUUAAUUCUCAAAAUGAAAUGUGAAGCUUUUUAUCUUCUUUUUUCUCUUAAUUGUCAUUUCAUUUCAACUUUUCUGAAAACUUGUUGCAUAUAGUAUGAGUUUAUGGAUAUAUUCUCCUUCAAUUGUUUUAAAUUUUAAAUA